AUGGUUCGUACUAACGCGAAGAAGGAGGAGGCACGUGCUGAGCGGCUGCAGAAACUUCCGCAAUCUGAGCGCCUUGUAAAGAGCGCGUUGAUAAAGAAACGCGAAGGACGAGUCCUUAAUGCUGCGGAGAAGCACGCCAUGAAGAUGUCCUCUGAGUAUGGCGAGAUUAUUCGCCUAUGGGAGGUGCUUCGGACUUCUUCUGAUGCAUCCAACCAAGAUUCAGAUACAAAGAGCGUGGAAGAGCAGAAACUUGGUCGUUACGAACACAAGUACCCAACAGUAGAUCAGCUUUUGAAGAUAAUUGAACCAAAGUUCAGUACGUACAUCAAGACUCCACGGGUCAGUCGUGUUAUUCAAUCAAUGAUUAAAUAUGCAUCUCUGAACCAUCUUGAACACAUACUUAAACUUGUAUCAAAGGAUUUUUCUGCUUAUGCUACCGAUGCCUAUGGUCACUUUGUUGUGACAGCCCUUAUUCGUCACGCACCGCAUAGCUUACUUGACAAGAUUCUCUCACUAAUUAUUCCUGCAGUGCCCUCAUUAGUGACACACCGAUUUGGCAUUGAAGUCCUUCAUGCUUCUUAUAGCAGUCGUCUCUGCACAGCCACAAACCGUCAUCUUCUUAUUUUGUCUGUGCUUAAAGAGAAUGUCGCUAUGAUGAAACGUUGGAAGGGUUAUCCUGUUUUGGAGGAUGUACUUAAGCAAGAGACGUCACAGCGAAAACGUUUCUUUCCGAAACUCUUUGACUUGUGCGACAAACUUGUUUCACAAAAGAAUGCCGUGACCUAUCCUUUUGUGCAGAGGUUGGUUGCCGCGUACAUUCAGAAUGGUACUAAAGAUGAAGUGAGUGAGUUGUGUGAUACACUACGGCCGCAUCUGGCAACACUGUGCAACACCCGUGAAGGGGCACCGCUGGUUUCUCUGACAUUUUCCCUUAUUGAACCAAAGAAGCGCAAAGAUGUACUUCGAGGACUUUCUGAAAAUCUUGGAGCGCUCGUGGUCGACAAGUACGGUGCACCUGUUAUUGCACGUCUCUUUGAUCUCGUAUACGACAUUCAAUUGCUCCGAAAAUAUAUUGUAAAUGACUUGGAGUCACACAUUACUCAGGUCAUCAACAGUCCCUUUGGGCAUCAGGUACUAUUGCACCUUCUCACACCCAAAAUGGAGCGGAAAUCUCGAUUUCUUCUUACCAAUUGGUUUCAGCAUAACUUGUUUUCUACUGAUAAUGAUCGCUGGAACCUUCAUACUUGGCUCACACACGAGUAUGAGGAGGAAACUGUUGAGAUAUGCCAGAAAAGUGCCAUCAGCACUCAUCUUGCUGUGCUUCCGUCCAUUGUUAAGAGGUUUCUCGAGGUUGCUUCUGAUCCCAGCACAGCACCCAAGUUGAAUAAACACUUCACCGGUCUUAUUGCAAGAGAGAUACUAACAGUACAUGAAACUGAGGCAGCAUACAAGGGAGCACUACAGCUAUCAAAAGAAGACAUAGUGCUACUGUCGAGUCUAGCACCUUCAAAAGAGAAGAAGCGCUCACGCGAAGAAGGUGACACUACUACUACUACUGCCACUACUGUUGCCGUUGCUGCUGAGGACGAUGAUGAUGAUGAUAAUAAUAAUGCUGAGGUGGGAAUAAAUACCCCCUUACAGACAAAGAGAAAGGUGCGAAAAGUUAAUAAACUCUCAUCGCCCGCAGCAGAUGGACUGGGCUUUGCUCAAGGAUCGAAUCACUCUAGUGAUUUAAAAGCUGCGAAAAAUAAUGGCAAAUCUUCAGAAAAACUCACCAAGUUGAAAAAAGAGAAAGCAAAGGCAGCUCCAAAAGCGAAGGUGAAGAUGUCUCGGACUAAGUAA